CAAGCCGUGUUUGUAUAUAAAAAUAAGCGCGAAAAUUCAAUUUUUUGAUAUUUUACUAUUUUUUCUUUCGAUAUUUUGUCUUAAGAUGUCAUUAGAUUCGAAAAAUAACAAGAAGAACUCGUUCAGCAAUGUUAAAGAAGUGUUCAAUGUUGCUCAGAAAGGUUCUCAGCAUGAAGAAUCGCUUUUCAGAGCCUUGGACAGUCUCGCGCAGAGCGACAAGGACGAAGAAGAGUUUCUGGAAGAGUUUAUACAUUGCAUGAAAUAUUGCAUGAUCGUGUUUCAAAAGGAGCCUGCCGUCGAAAGAAUGAUGGAUUUUAUUGCGAUGUAUACUACAAGAAUAACAAAAGACCAAAGCGAUCAAGUGAACGCAUCUUAUGCUGAAUGUGAUGAUGAAAGUGAUGACAUUAUAAAGAACAUGUUUCUUUCAAACAUUCUCAACUUUCUUCUUGAUGUUCAUGAUGCACAAGAUAAAGCUGUCCGUUAUCGAACAUGUCAAUUGAUCAGUAAAAUAUUCCAAAACUUAGAGGAAGAAACUACAAUAAAUGAACAACUUGCCGAUAAAAUUUUGACCGCAAUGAUGACAAGGCUGUGCGAUAAGAUUCCUAUCGUCCGAUCACAAGCAAUCUGUGCUUUGUCGAGACUCCAAGAUCCAAUGGAUCCAAAAUGUCCUGUUGUUGAAGUGUACCUUUAUAUGAUGCGGUCAGACAACAGUGCCGACGUCAGGAAAAUGACGUUACAGAAUAUUGCUAUUACACAACAUACCCUGCCUUAUAUUGUGGAAAGAACACGAGAUAUCAAAGAUGCUGUUAGAAAAUAUGCAUUUUUUGUUCUGGGCACCAAAGUGAGCAUCAGAGCUCUAACAAUUGCACAAAGAGUUCAACUACUUCAUGAUGGUUUGAAUGACCGAGUGCAGAGUGUAAAGCAGUCGUGUUAUUCCAAGCUUCUCUUAAGUUGGGUCAAGUCAUGUGAUGAAAACAUCAUCAAACUGUUAGAAUUGCUGGACAUUGAGAACUCAGUUAAAACUGCUGAAACAGUUGUAAAAGAACUUUUAAAAGGAACUGCUAAUGAUGCUCUCCUAUUCCAUGUAAAAUUAUUAAAAGAAUUCAUGGGCGCAUCUCAAACUAUUUCUCUGGAGGAACUGAACAGCGAGAGGGUGUUGUUCUGGCAGUGUCUAGUUGAACACUGUGUUAGUCUUGGUCCUAAAGCUCAAGAUAUACUGGACUCAAUAUUACCUGAGAUAUCUGGCUUUUGUGAAUACAUACAAAGCUUUAUGGAGAAGUUCUUCUCCAAUUGUGAUAAGGAAUGUGAAUUACAUGAAGUAUUCAUUAUGCAGCAGUUACUGACAAUUGCAGCUUAUAUGGAUCUUGCAGAUGAAGUUGGAAGAAAGAGAUUAACGAAACUGGUUCAAGAGAUGAUGGUGAACCCAAACAUACCGACUUUCCUCAUGCCAAUACUUCAUGAAAGAUACACCAAUUUGGAACCAGAUGAGGAAACCAGAAUCAACCAAAUAGCAGAGGUCAUAGCGGAUAUUAAAGAACCAAUCACAGUCGUCGAAACACCGCAAAUCAACCAGGAAAACAGAGCAAGAGAGUUGAAGCUUGCUGGUAUCAGGGUAAAGAUCAAUCAAGUACGCGAUGAGUUGGAAAGUUUUGUCUCGGCUCAAGAAUUCGACAAAGCUGCUGAAGCCAAGAACAAACUCUCAGAGCUGGAUCAGGAGAAAUCUGAUCUGGAGUCGGAAGCGAAUUCUGUAAAUAACUUUCAGACAAGAAUUGAGAAGAACGAUCCAGAAACGUUGGUGAAAUGUUUGAGUAUUGCCAGCGGUUUGUUACAGAACAUCACCCAAAGUAAUCUUAAUAACCCGACUCUCAGUACCUUGGUUGAAACUCUGAUUCUUCCAGGAGUUCAAAGUGAGGAACCCAUGUUACGACAGGUAGCAGUGGAAUGCCUUGGUCUCUGUUCGUUGUUGUCAAAAGAUUUCGCGAGACGACAUCUUGUUUUGUUUCUGCAGAUCGUUCUUCUCGAUGCUGAAGAAGUACAGAUUGCUGCGUUGAAGUCGAUUUUUGACUUGCUCCAUGUCUAUGGUCUGGAAACGUUCAAGGUGACUCCCGCUGAACAAGCCAUUCUAGAGGCCGAGGAAUCCCUGCUGGAGCCUGAGGACGACCUAAGUGAUGACGACAGCAGUGAUGACGACAACAAUGACGUCAGUAUAGUGGAUAAAGCUGGAGUCGACGAGAAAGAAAACGAUGAAAAUGAGAAGAUUUUGGACGAAGCUCAAAAGUCUGUUAGCAGCGUUUUCUCAACUUUGAUCCAUUUAUUAGACAGGGAGAACACGGCGAUACGCAACGUUGCAGCUGAAGGUUUUGCUAAACUCCUUCUCUCAGGUCGUGUCCACAGUCCUAAACUCUUCUCCCGCCUACUGUUGCUAUGGUACAACCCAAUGACAGAAGACGAUAUUUAUCUCAGAGAUUGUAUUGGAGUCUUCCUAACCGCUUUCGCCAACGAAUGCCGAGCGUUUGAAGAGCAGAUCGAGGAAGCCUUCAUGCCAACCCUCCGUACCUUGUUCAUCGCCCCAACCUCUUCUCCACUUGCUCAGGUUGACGUAUCUAACGUUGCUGAACUUUUGGUUCAUUUAACCUCCGACAAAAAUCUUGUCAACCAGACUCAGGCAACAACACAAAACUCCAAUGAGACUGCCACACGUAACGAAGACAACACAGAAGAUGUCCGGCCAGACACCAUCCACGGCUCGCUAGCUCUCAAGAUAGCGAACGAAAUCAUCUCGGAGCCAUUCUCACCCGGUGUACGAGUUCUCUGCAAAACAUUGACACAGUUGCAACUUAUGAACGCGAAGAAAAGUGUUUUGAAGGAUUUAAGUGUACUGCAUGAAGCGAUGAUUAAGGAACUCGAGGACAACAACUCGAUAAAAUAUUUGGAGAAAUUUCAUCAAUCUUUGGUUGUGUUGUUAAGGGGAGACACGGAAGAAUGUGAGGAGUCAGAACGAACCAUCAAUGCAUCGAGUAUAAAAGAUUCGUCCGUUGAAAAUACAACAUGAAACAAGAGAUAAAAGUCUCUAGACUGGAUGACUACAAUGUGAUGGUUAGAAGAACUACUCGCAGCUGGGCUUUUUGAAAUAGCAGUGAAAUGAAUGAAUGAACCAGCUCAUGAAUACCCGGCUCUGGGUAAUUUUUCUAGUUGUGUGGUCCUUUUCAGUGGUCUUAUUGGAAAUAUGGUACAGAUCUUUAUGAAAUUCUUUGUGAGUACUACAGCUGCCUGCUUCUUCAAUGAUUUGAACACAAUUAGAUAGGAAAUAAACAUUCAAUAUCAAAAUAUAUUUAACAAUUGCUGUUCUUGCAUUUAAUAAUAAAACACCUUCCUUUUAAACAGUUCUUAUAAAUUUUCACAAAGUAUAUAAUAAAUCUUUAUGUCUUUACUUUUCUAUUUAGUUAACGUAAACUUUACAAGUUAAAAAAAUAAACGAAAGUAGAAAA